UUUAGCCUAGAUCUAAAUUAAAAUCAAUUUGGAAAAACGAGAUUAUUUAAAAUUACUAGUAGUAUCACUUGAGAAAAUUAAUUAUGAUGGAUUUAUAUUUAACAACAAUAACAAUUUUAUCACAUCAACUUCGCUCUACUCGGGCAAUGCCUGUUACAUAUUAAAGGCUCAAUACCACUCUUGUUGUAACUGAAUAAUAUGUCCCAAUCUUUAUUCUAGUCCAUAAAUUGUACUAUUUUACAAUAUUCCAAUUAAAAUAGCUAAGUCUCUAACUCAAUAUCAUCCAAAAUCUUCAACAUUGAAAACACGAUUUAUUUGUCGCUUUAAAUCAACAUUGAUGUUGUGAUCUUACCGGGAAAAAAUGGCCCUCUGAUAUCCAGUAUUUAAGACAAAAUAAACAUUUUACAAUUGGUACACGAUGCGUUUCAGCGCUAUUUAUAAUAAGGGACUCGAAAAACGAGGCUAGGUGUAUUCCACAAGUCAUGUCAAACGGUGACGCUAUAUUCUUAGCUGGAGAGCAUGCCCAAUAAAUACUAUCGGCGUAGAUUGGAAUGACCAGAAGCUAGAGAUUGAAAUUCGAUUGAGAAUACUGGCGUAUGUCGCCGAACCUAACUGAUUAGAAAUUACAGUAAAAACAGAAACGAUUGAAUGUAAAUCAAUUUAUAUAUAUUCAUAUUACAUUAUUGUAUGUGUUGCGACCCAUUUGUGUCAAUUUCUAGGUCCCAAAUAUUAGCGACUUAGCUCUUUUAAUUGAUGCUACAAAUUUCAUCUUAAAUGAACACACCUAAUUUAAAAAAUUGGAAAAAUUCAACUAAAUGAUUUGAAAAGCCUAACGUAAACCUUUUCAAAUGUGACUUGGUUUUAAAAAUAUUUCGAACCAUCUUGAGAAGUAAAAUAGGAUGUAAUGGAUAAUUUACACAACAACAGGUAGGACACUUAAACAUCUAAUACGUAGAAUAAGGCUAUUAUUAUUUAUUUUCUGGAGCUGUCAAACCAGCAAGAGUGUUAUUGUCCCUUUAACAUUACUUCAUAAGGCACUUGUCACAAACACUGUCAGGCACAAAAUGUUGUUCGCCCGUAGUGCCUAUGUCAUAAUAUAUACGUAGGCCUAAUGUUAUAAUUUGUGUCUGACAAAGGCUGUAACAAACUUCAUCACAACCGAUUUUAGAAAUGAAUAUUUAAUACCGGAAGUUUACAAAAUGCUGGAAACAUAUAAAUUGCGGAAUGGAUAAACCGAGACGAACUGUAUUUCAAAUUUCUUUCUUUCAUAAAGUAGGGAAAGAAGUCGCUGCGGAUGUUAAUAAAUAUUAACUAAAGCUAACUGUUUCAAGUUAUGCGCUGAAUAUUUUCAAAUUGUGUUUAUAUUUGAACUAGAUUUCGAUAAAUUUAUAAUUUAAAAGAUUUACUAGGAGUUAUGCCCCUUUAGUCUCCAAAAGACAGGCAAAGUUCAAUGUCUAAUAAUAUAAAUAGACCCAAGAAGAUUGCGUCAAUAGCGACUGCUUGAUAAUCUGUGAAUUGUAUUAAAAUGUGGCAGUAUAUAAUAUAUUCAUCAUCAGCUGUUCUGGUAUCCAUGGUAACAGGAGCUGUUGCCCUGUUUUUUAUCAGUCCGAAACAUCUCGUCUACUGGUUCAUGAGAUUAGAUGCCAAGAGAAGUGGUAUGAAUGUAAAAUAUAUUAAAAAUGAAGAUUUUAUAUAUUGUUAUGCUGAACGAGGAAAAAAACAGAAAAAUAAACUAACGAUAUUAGCUGUACAUGGUUUCACUGGAUCUAAAGAACAAUAUUUACAGUUCUUUAAGAAACUUCCAUCAGAUGUUCAUCUAAUAGCCGUUGAUCUACCUGGUCACGGUCUGACAUCUAGUCCAAGAGAAGGAGAGAAACUGGGAAUACAAUAUCUCGUAGAACAUGUUCACAAGUUUGUUAAAUUAAUGAAGUUAGAUAAAGAACCGUUUCAUUUAGUGGGAGCAUCAUUGGGUGGCACUACAGUGGGUUUGUAUACAGCAGAAUAUCCUGAAACUGUGGCAUCGUUGUCUUUAAUAUGUCCUGCAAUGAAGACUCCACAACACAGUCUAUUUACUAAAACUAUAGAAGAAUGUAUUUUAAAUGGAAUUGAAAAAACUGAAAUGAAAGAUUGUCCGUUAAUACCUGAGACUCCAGCCGCUGCACAGAAUAUGUUAGAUAUUUGUCUUUAUCAUAAAAAAAACAUCAAUACACAGAUUCUGCAAGGAUUGGUUGAUUUGAGAAAACCUAAAAACCCUUUUUUUCUUCAAUUAUUCAAAGCUCUUGCUUCAGAACAUUCAACAACGUUAUUGGAGGAGAAAUCCAGAAAAAUUACAGUACCAACACAGAUAGUGUGGGGCAAGCACGAUGAGAUCAUAGAUAUCAGUGGUGUUGAUGUUUUAAAGGAAUUAUUACCAAAUUGUCAACAAAUUGAUAUUAUAGAAAAAUGUGGUCAUUCUAUUACACUGGACAGACCUGGAAGCCUUGUCAAAUCUAUUCUUACAUUUAGAGGAGAAUAUCAAAAGAAAUCUUAACCUGAACAAAAGUAUAGAUAAUUAUACAGAAACUAUGGAUAAUUAUACACAAAAUAUGGAUAAUUAUACACAAAAUAUGGAUAAUUUUACACAAAGUAUGGAUAAUUAUACACAAAAUAUAGAUAAUUUUACUGUAUGGAUAAUUAUACACAAAAUA